AUGCCAAGGAUUUCAGCCGAAAUCGAUCGACUUGUGUCUAUACAAGUGCUGGAGCCUGUUGAUCACUCAGAAUGGGUAGCACCCAGCGUUGUCGUUCAGAAGAAAAAUGGAUCGAUCCGCCUCUGUGCAGACUACUCAACCGGACUGAACGAUCUCGACUUAGCCGAAGCAUAUCUCCAACUGGAAGUGGACGACGUCUCAAAGCAGCUACUCACUAUCAACACGCACCGUGGACUGUAUCGCUUCAACCGACUACCAUUUGGAGUGAAAUCAGCUCCUGGUAUAUUCCAACAAUGUAUGGAUACUCUUAUCGCUGGAUUAGAUGGAACUGCCGCCUAUCUCGACGACAUAUUGGUUACUGGUAGAACCAUCAGCGAACACAAUGCCCGACUAGAGGCCGUACUCAAGCAGAUUCAAGACUACGGGUUCCGCAUUCGACUCGACAAAUGUGCUUUCCUGCAGACGAAGAUCACUUACUUUGGAAGAUGCCCGCUUCGAAGGACGUCAGUCAACUUCGCUCUUUUCUUCAUCAACUUCUACGAAAACUUCGUCAAAGAUCUCCGCAAUCUACGCGCUCCUUUGGACACACUUACGAAAAAGGAUGUUGUCUACACAUGGACACCGGAGUGUCAGUCUUCUUUCGACAAGAUUAAGGCAAUCCUAAGCUCGGAUCUUCUGUUGACCGACUUUGACCCAAGUCUUUCGAUCAUCGUUGCCGCUGAUGCUUCAAAUUACGGAAUGGGAGCAAUCCUCUCACAUCGCUUCGCGGAUGGAUGCGCGAAGGAUUUCGGCCAAGUGGACGCUCUUUCACGCCUCAUCUCGUCAGAAUCAUCGAUACCGAAGGAGUACGUGAUCGCCCCAAUAGAUACUGAUGUCACUUCUGAGUUCUCAGAGAACUGUUGUCAUCUUCCAGUAUCCGCCGAAUCCAUUCGGACUGCUACGCAAGCCGAUCGUCUUAUCCAGCUUGUGAUCAACUAUACGAACACUACACAAAGCUCAUCCAGGCCAAACAAGGAUGAAAAUGCUUGCAAGAAGCUUUGUCUAUUGGCCUACGAAUUUACGGAUUCGAACAUCAGAAAACUCGUCAAGAUCUGCCCAAGAUGUGCAUCCGUGGCAAAGGAUCCGAUCAAGUCUGAACUACAUUCAUGGCCGAAACCGCACUCGCCGUGGACUCGAGUUCAUGCUGAUUUCGCUGGACCAAUGGAAGGACGAUACUAUCUACUCAUCGUGGACGCCUAUUCCAAGUGGCCGGAAAUCGUCCAGAUGUCCUCGAUCUCCUCAACGGUUACCAUCCAAGCAAUGAAGUGCAUCUUUGCCAAGUUCGGAAAUGCAGAGACGCUCGUCACGGACAACGGAACGCAGUUCACGUCGUCUCAGUUCGCUUCUUUCUGCCGUUCCCGAGGAAUCUUGCACAUUCGCACGCCGCCGUUCCAUCCACAAAGCAACGGACAAGCAGAACGUUUUGUGGACACCUUCAAAAGAGGACUUGCCAAGCUGAAGGGGGAGGAACCAACAGUGGACACACUACAGACGUUUCUGAUGGCACAUCGCUCCACUCCCUGCCCGUCUGCACCUAACCAGCGUUCACCUGCCGAAGCCUUCUUGGGACGCCGACUGCGAACGGAACUCGAUCUAAUGUUAUCUUCUAGAGAUCGCACAAACGGUACACGAGAUCUCAAAAUGGAAUCUCAAUUCAAUCGUUAA